GUUUUUAAGGUGUGGGAAGUUGGUAUAUUGCUAUUCAACUUGCUCCUCUGCAGCAGAGGGGAAUCCCGUGUGAAACAGAUUUUGUGGAACUUUUGACGUAGUCCCUUGUUCAGAAUGCCUACCCCGCCUCUGUUGCAAGUCAGCUCGUGCAGGCUCUGGAGUCAGGGGACUGAGGGGAGGUGAGGCUGGGUGCGAGAGGGAGAGUGCCGAAUGUGGGUCGCCAGAAAGUGCCGCUGGGCUGCAGACACUCCGAGUCGCAUGGGGUGGCGGAGGGAAUGACUUGAGCAUUGGAGGUUCAGUGCGGGCGCUCAUCACCUGUAAUAUCGGACGUGUGCAUUGCAUCUCUGCCGAGUGAAAGCCACUCUGCCGAAUCUGAGAGUCGGAGAGUAAAAGAGAUGGAAUUUGAGUUCUCAUCCCCGCGGUGUGCACAGCAAGCGGGACGCUGGUGACGGCUGACCGGCAGAGGUUUCACCUCACAACAGCAGGAAGCAUUCAGCCACUGAAGAUGGUGAUUCUGCGUGUGUCAUGGCAAACGGGACUGGCACGAUCAUGUUGAAAUGCGUAGUUGUCGGUGACGGCGCCGUUGGGAAAACUUGUCUGUUGAUGAGCUAUGCCAACGACGCUUUUCCAGAAGAGUACGUGCCCACCGUUUUUGAUCAUUACGCAGUCAGUGUUAACGUUGAGGGAAAGCAGUAUCUCCUGGGAUUGUAUGAUACAGCUGGUCAGUGGAUGGCAUCAAUCAAGUGGCCCUCUUCCUGCUUCGCUGCUCCGCAGGAGGACUAUGACAGGCUGCGGCCGCUCUCCUACCCCAUGACCGACGUCUUCCUCAUCUGCUUCUCUGUGGUCAACCCUGCCAGCUUUCAGAACGUGCGGGAGGAGUGGGUACCGGAGUUGCAGGAGUACGCCCCUAAUGUGCCCUACCUGCUCAUCGGAACCCAGGUUGACCUGCGUGACGACCCAAAGACCAUCGCUAAGUUGAAUGAUGUGAAGGAGAAGCCCAUUGCAACAGAGCAGGGCCAGAAACUGGCCAAGGAGAUUGGGGCCUGCUGCUACGUGGAGUGCUCAGCUCUCACACAGAAAGGGCUCAAGACGGUGUUCGACGAGGCCAUCAUUGCCAUCCUGGCCCCCAAGAAGGGCGCCCUUAAGAGACGGCUGGGGCCACGCUGCAUCAACUGCUGCCUUAUCACAUGAGAGGAGCGCCCGGUCGCCAGGGAGACGGGUUAAACCCUGCAGGCGUAACAAACUGACCAACAUGACUGUGGGCUAAAUAAUCUAAAGAGAACCAAACAAGACUUUAAUAAAUAAAAACAAAAGAACAACGGCAUGAUAUUGCAACCAGAAGAUUACAUGGGGGGAAAAAAAACAAAAACAGGAGACAAGGUGGUGAUGUUUGUGAGAUGAGGGAGCGGGUUACGAGUGGAAACAGCAGGUGCAGUGGACACAAUAAUAAACACAUUCAACAGCAACAAGAGCUGGGUGGAGCAGCAGAACAAUGGCAAAGACACAGACUUACAAGCACAGGCUGAAGCCAGAGAGCAGGAGAGAAGACAACGACAACAACAGGCACACAGAGGAGAAUGGACGGACGGGCGGACGGGAGCUUAUAGAGGCAGACGCAACACACAAUGCACCCGUCCGUGGCUUCUGCAGGGAGACGCAACAACCUCAACAACAACAACAGCAGCACAACCAAACACGCCAGGCAUUUACAGAAGUGAUUCUUUAUUCGCUUCAAGAAAAAGGAAACGGUGCAUCUUUGUGCACUGGAUUGCAAAAUUCCCUUGCUAUCUUUCAAUCUCUGUCGCUCUCUCUCUCUCUCUCACUCGCUGUGUAAAAUGUCUCAGUGAAGUCUGUACAACUCAGUACCAAAUAAGGGACAACAAAAAAAAAACACAAGGAAAAGAAUACAUACUGCCAUCAAAUGACAAAAAAAAAAAAGUACAAAAAGAACAACGGUAUUGUUUUUAAAUUAAGACAGAAAUAAGACUUUUUAUCUUUUGUGUAUAUGACCUCAGUGACUACCGGAGGGGAAUGUCGGGAGUGUCUGGGGAUUGGUGGCGAGGUGUUCCCCUAAAUGUCCCUGGUCCUGACUGAUGCAUCUGAAUAUCUGAGGAUCACAGGGGGCUACCUGUAUGUUCCAGUCAGCUUCUUUUUGCGCGCGUGCGUGUGUGUGUGUGUGUGUGUGUAUAUUCACGCAUCUCAUUGUGCCUCCAAGCGUUAUUUGCUCUUGUAGAUCAGCUGCUUGCGGUGCCAGUGGAUCCAGACGGGAGCGACCAGCAGCCCCGUCAGGAAGCCCACAGUGGCCCCCAGGGUGCAGGAGACGGGCCACACCUGCAGAGACAGGACAAGAACUCAGCACCACCCUAUCCCAUGCCAUCAUCCCCAACUGGCAGACACACAUGCGUGCGCAGUACACAUGCGUGCGCAGGAGAAUCACUGUGCCCUCUCUGUCCUUUUUUUUUUAAACAACCAACCAUGUUUUUCAUAAGACAGACAGAAUUGAUUUUUUUUUUUUUUUUUCAUGCCAUCUUGGAUGCCUUGCUCUUUCCGCUGUGUGUGGGCCGAAAUGUUUUGUCUGUUUUUUUUUUUGUCCAGGUUUUGAUCCUCAGCAUGGCUCAGCCUGUCAGGGUCAUUGUCAUGUCAGAUAUGAACUGAGCAGGAAGCCGCUCUGACUUCCUGCUUCUACAGCUUGUUGCAGCGUCCAUGCAAAUGUGUGAAGUGGCUAAAAGUGAUUGUUGCAGCACAGUUUAAACGACAACAUUUCAGUUUUAGCCUGUGGCUAAUGUACAUGAGGCAAGCAAGUUUCAAGGUUAAAAUGGUUUAAAUGACUUGUUUUUCUGAGUGUUCCAGUGUUUGAGUGUUGGAAUAAAAUGGCACAAGAUAAAGGGAGAAUCAACAAGCCAAGCUUUAUAGCGUAAACAGACCUGUACAGAGAUUGUGUAUGCUGCAUUAAAAAGUGAGAUUUCAUAAA